AUGGAAAAAGGAGAUCAAGACCACCGUGAAUCAGUUCCGCAAACGCAGAAAGCAAAGAUUGCGAAGGAGAAGAGACGGCGGAAGGAGGUUUUGGACUGGAAGGUCGAAGCCCGGAAGUGGAAGAAGGAAUCGCGGAGGUUGAGGAGGAACGAGAAAGCACGGGAGAGACGCGCCGAGCAGAACCGUAGGAUUGGAGAGGGUAAGUGGAAAGGCAAGAAGAAGUUUGGCCGGCUUCAGCUGAAACUGGAGGACAAGCUCAGUAAGAUUUGGGGCAGACGAAGUAAACAGACAUCAAGCACGCACACGGCAGAACGGUAAGUGAGUACAUGAUUUCCGUGACAGCUCCGCUAACCCAUAAGCAGGCCGGUCCUGUCCCUGUCGAAGGAAGAGGUUUUGAAACUGAUUGAGUCCGUGAAGAAGCUGGUGAAAGUUCAGAUUCGGUUGGAAUGCAUCAUGGAAAAGACGGAUCCUAUCACGGGAGAGGUCACUCACGACGGACAGCUAUUAUCCAAGUAAUUUUACAUCCAACAUCUUUCCUACAACCAACGUCUCGGAAAAGUACGACGAAGCGUCGGAAAAGGUUUCAAACGACAUUUCCGAAUAUCAGAAGAACGGCUCGGGAUGGACUUUGAAGAAGGUUGUAAGGAUGAUUGUGAAGAUCACGAAUUGUGAGGGGAGCCGGGUUUUCGGAACUUCCCAGAUUCAUUACCAACAAGAAAACGAUUAUCAACAUAAAAAAUGAAAACAAUAUGUGCUUCAAGUACGCAGUUACCCGUGCAUUCCAUCCGCUGGAGAGAAAGGCGGACGUUGUUAGCAAGCUUCUUAAAAAGCAAUCCGAAAAGUAUAACUGGGCAGAACUGUUAUUUCCUGUUGCUGUAAAGGAUGUGAAAAUAUUUUCAAAGAACAAUGACAUUGGGGUUAACGUUUUUGGCAUCGAGGAGGUUAUGGAAACGGAUCCAGAAGGUGAUCGUCGCCGGAACCGACUGAGGAUCGAUGAUGGAACCGACUGA